CGCAGGCGCGUUGAUGACGUCACUGAAAACAUGCCGUCGUGAUACGAGGCGUAUGAAUGAGUGUAAAACACAGCGGAGCUACUGUUAGCAUGUCGCUGGUUCAUCCGCAAGUUUAACGUCGUUCCGGUGAGAAAAAUCAUCGACGUCUUGUAGAAACAACGAGUCGUUUGUCGGUUUACCUGCCAGGUGCUUAACAUCUAAAACAGAGAUGUAAUCCAGAGGAGAAACAGUUUGAGACUCCGCGGAGCAGCCGGAGGAAAUAAUGCAACAGAGUUAGAGGCACCAUCAAGGCAGAAUGUCCUCCGGCCACAGGCUGAGAGACGUGGAGCAGCAGCGCCCCCUGCUGGAUGGGGAGGAGGUGGUGGAGAGUCCACACAGUGACGCAGAUCAAGUGUGGUUCAUCCAGGACUGCUGCGGCAUGGUGUGUGCCUUCAUCACCUGGUUCCUGGUCUUCUUUGCUGACUUUGUGGUCACCUUCGUCAUGCUGCUGCCCUCCAGGAGCUUCUGGUACGCUGUGGUCAACGGGGUGCUGUUCAACAGCCUGGCUGUGCUGGCUCUGGCCUCCCACCUCCGCACCAUGCUGACCGACCCGGGAGCCGUUCCAAAAGGAAACGCCACUAAGAAGUACAUGGAGAGUCUGCAGCUGAAGCCGGGCGAGGUCAUCUACAAAUGUCCAAAAUGCUGCAGCAUCAAACCUGAGCGGGCUCAUCACUGCAGUAUCUGUAAGCGCUGCAUCCGUAAGAUGGACCACCACUGUCCCUGGGUCAACAACUGUGUCGGGGAGAAGAACCAGCGCUUCUUCGUCCUCUUCACUAUGUACAUCGCUGUGAUCUCAGGUCAUGCUCUGGCUCUCUGUGGAUACCAGUUCAUCACCUGCGUCAGAGUCCAGUGGAGCGAGUGCAGUGACUUCUCUCCUCCGGUCACCAUGAUGCUGAUGAUCUUCCUCUGCAUGGAGGCACUCCUCUUCCUCACCUUCACAGCUGUUAUGUUCAGCACUCAGCUGCACUCCAUCUGCAACGACGAGACGGAGAUCGAGCGUCUGAAGAACGAGAAGCCGACGUGGGAGCGUCAGACUCGCUGGGCCGGGCUGAGGUCUGUGUUUGGAGGUCAGCCGUCACUGAUGUGGAUCAGCCCCUUCGCGGGACUCAAACUGCCAACCUUUGUCCGCAAACGCACCUGGAGGGGCGGGGCAGAGUUCUCCGUCUGACCACCUGUCUGUCAAACACUACACAGUGGAGGGAUUGAAGCCGAACUGCAGCGGUGCUGAUGAACCUGCAGCGAGUCCAGCUGGCUUCACAGAUCCCAGCAGGAUGUUUCUGAGCCGGAGAAACCAGGUGACUGGUCUCCAUCUUCAUCAUACCUUCGUCAUCGCUGGGGGAGCUUCGAUGUUUCCGGGUCAGACGGACUGCAGGCCGACGCUGCGACACGCGUGAAGAACCUUUUUAUUGCUCUGACAACACGUUCAGGCUCAGAGUCUGGAUGUUUUUUAAAUGUGCUCGUUAAGAUGCUGGAUCUUCUGAGAGCCGUUACUGAACACAGAUUCUGUUAUCGGACUGAUAAUCAUAUGAACCACUGCUGUAACUAAAGCUGUCACCAUGAAAUGAAAUAUUCUGCAGUUAAUAUAACGAUUCUUCCUUUCUGUUGACUUUAAAUGACAUCAUGUGCGUCUGUUUAAAGGGACCCUGUGCAGUUUUUUGUUCCUACAUUCAUCAGAACUCAUCGUGUGCUUUUUCUUCAGCCAGUUAUUUUAAAUCUUUAACUGUUUGCAUCAGUGUUUUACUGUCCUGGUCUUCUGCUGUUGGUUCGUUGCUGUUUGUCAGCACGUUACCUCCUGUAGACCAGUGGAACGGUGUCAGACUGUGUCGGCCACAUCAUGUGCAUCAGAACCAGAACCCGCUCAUAAAAGCUCCUCUCCAUGGUGCUGCGGAAGGUGAGAAUUCACAGGGAACCUUGAAGAAAUCAACUUCAACACCAUCGAGUUCCUCCCUCACAAGCAGGAUUUUUAAUUGUCAAUAAAUCCAACACGCCACAUUUUCUUCAGACCAUCUUGUUUUUCCUCCUGAACAUCUCUUUUGUUUGGUUUGUGUGUGUGAGUGUUCUCAGUCAGAUUCUUACCUGCCCAAACAUGUUGAAGCUCGUUGAUGAAGACCACCUGAGUCUCAGAGGGUUUUAUAAGACGACCUCCUUCACUCUGUUCACAGUCGGACCAGGUCAGCACCUCGUAUGCUGCCGGUCCGUGUCGGGCCAGUCAGUGGUGGAGUUUAUCGUUUGAGUUUCUGGAUUUUAAAUGCUCACGUACUGUUUCUUUUGUUGUGUUCUAUGAACUGAAGAGUCAGAUCACAUGACGUUGUUCAGCUGUUUGAGUCAAACAUCGCAGACGCGUCCGAAACAAAACAUUUCACUCGCCUCCGACAGGCUGAAUGUCCUCGGUGAUAUCUUCCUUUGUAGGAGUUUGGUGAAACACAGUCUGGUGUGAAGAAACGUCCUCUGCUGACGUUUGUUUGUUUGGAUUAACUGUGAUGAGGAAACACAAAGACUCGACCGCCUGGAUCGAUAUCGUCACUUCAUCUCUCCCUCUGUGUCGCAGACAAACACGUUCGUGAGGCUAAAAUGUCACAAAAACUAAAAUAAUCUUCGUCCCCACGUGUGAAGUUUUGCUGUUGGACAUUAGUGAAGGACUGUGGACGUUAGCGUGAUAUUUAGACUUAUAAAUGUUGUCAAAUCAAAAAUCAAAUCCUGUCAGUAAAGGUCCAGUUUGUAAGAUAGCUGACUGUUGAGUGUCGUCAGAUGCUGGUGCUGCGGGCUGGUGGCCGACCCGACCCGACCUGUCGGUACUGAUCGAGGUGGGAUGGCUGUAACCCCAAAUCAUUUACCUGUGAUCUUUGUAAGCCUUCAGUCACACGUUCUUCUGUCUGCUGGUGGAUUUUAGUUUCUGAAUGCGUCAAAUCAUCUUUAAUCACGUGUUUGUUGCGUUUACGAUCAAAUCUGCUGUGUAGAAUGAUUCUUCCAGAGGCCUGAUGCUGUCAAAGUGCCAUUUACUUGUGAUUUCUACUAAAGUUAACACUGCUGAGUGCGUGCGGUGAGACUGAACCUUGUGUUCUGUGUAUCGAGCAUCUCUGAGCUGUCGUCCGAUGACUCUCCAGAACAGGAAGUGCUGACUGGCGUCUGUGUGAAACCACAGUGACCAUCAGAACCGGACGGUUUCCUUCACGUCUCAACACGAUGAACCUCGCAGGUCGUGUUGAAGAGUUUCUGUGUCUGUUCCUGCUGCUUCCUGCUGUUCAGAGACAGUUUUCUUUUAUUGAAUAUUCACUAAAUUAUUAUCCACAAUCUUGGUUGUUCUUUCUCUCUGUGGUGUUUCUUUCUUUUAAUUUCUUUCACUGGCUCUGAUAUUUUAUUUUGAAAAGCACCUGGGAAUCAUUAAACGUCCUUCAGUGUAAAAGUGAAGCUGGUGAGACUUCAGACGACCGACAGAGAAUCUGACGACCUGCUGAAUGUAUCUGUGUCUUUGGGCUGCUUGUACUCUUGUUUUUUUUAGAUUUGAGCCUUUUGUAUGUUCGUCUCUUUCCACAUUUCAGACACUUUGAAUAAAAGUUCCUCUCUACCUCUUAAAA